CACGAGAACCGACCUCUUGCUGGAAGAUGUGACCGGCGCGGCGAGAGAGCGUCGCUCGGUAUGAGCCGUCAGUUGUCGCGUCUUACCCUUCGGUCGUAGAGGCGAGCGGACGGCGAUACGCCCAGAUAUAUUCGGCAGUGUGAAUGGGAGGACGCCGUUUUCGCGCCGCUGGAUUCGCGUAGUGACAGAAGCGCGACAGAGUUUGGGCAAAGCCCGCAGAACUGACGCGGAGCGGCGACGCGCUCUGGCAAGGCGACUCAGCCGGCAGGAUACCCGGGUCACCGCUGAAGGCGCGACACCGCCGGCCGGCAUGGCUUCGGAGAAGAGCAAGAUGGAGGAUGAGGCCGUCCUGGAUAGGGGUGCAUCCUUUGUCAAACAUGUCUGCGAUGAAGAGGAGGUGGAAGGUCACCACACUGUGUACAUCGGCGUGCAUGUUCCCAAGAGUUACCAUCGGAGAAGACGUCACAGACGCAAGUCUAGCCACAAGGAGAGGAGGGAGCGAGUGGAACAGGCUGUGGAAGGAGACAAGUCUGACGGGGAAAGCGAGACAGCACCCAACAUCCUCAAGCCCCUCAUCUCCCCAGCUGAAAGGAUCAGGUUUAUCUUGGGAGAGGAAGAUGAUGGCCCACCUCCUCCCCAACUCUUCACAGAGCUGGAUGAGCUGCUGGCUGUGGACGGGCAGGAGAUGGAGUGGAAAGAGACGGCCAGGUGGAUCAAGUUUGAGGAGAAGGUGGAGAAAGGCGGAGAGCGCUGGAGUAAACCACACGUGGCCACGUUGUCCUUACACAGCCUGAUGGAGCUCAAGACUUGCAUUGAAAAAGGCACCAUCAUGCUGGACCUGGAGGCCACCACGCUGCCGCAGGUCGUCGAGAUGAUCACCGACAGCCAGAUCGAGACUGGUCAGCUGAAGCCCGAGCUGAAGGAGAAGGUCAUGUACACAUUGCUACGCAAGCAUCGCCAUCAAACCAAGAAGUCCAACCUGCGCUCCCUGGCAGACAUCGGCAAAACGGUUUCCAGUGCAAGUAGGCUGUUUUCCAACCAGGAGAACGGUAGCCCCACCACCACCCACCGCAACCUCACCUCCAACAGCCUGAGUGACUUCUCUGACAAACCAGAGAAAGAUCAGCUAAAGAAUAAGUUCAUGAAAAAACUGCCUCGGGACGCAGAGGCAUCCAACGUGCUGGUUGGAGAGGUGGAUUUCUUGGAGAGUGCCUUUGUGGCGUUUGUUCGUCUGCAGCAGGCAGUGAUGCUGGGAGCGCUGACCGAGGUCCCUGUGCCUACAAGGUUUCUUUUUGUCCUGCUGGGCCCAACAGGUAAAGCCAAGUCCUACCAUGAGAUUGGAAGAGCUAUCGCCACCCUGAUGUCAGAUGAGGUGUUCCAUGAUAUCGCAUACAAGGCCAAGGACAGGGAAGACCUCCUGGCUGGCAUCGAAGAGUUCCUGGAUGAAGUUAUCGUCCUCCCCCCUGGGGAGUGGGACCCCGACAUCAGGAUAGAGCCGCCCAAAUCGCUUCCCUCCUCUGACAAGAGAAAGAACAUGUACGCGGGAUUAGAGACACCCCAGAUGAACGGUGACACUCCCCAUGACGGGGGACAAGGAGGUGGAGGAGGGCACCAUGUCGGGGAGGAGCUUCAGCGCACGAGGAGGUUUUGCGGAGGUCUCGUUCUGGACAUCAAGCGGAAGACGCCAUUUUUUGCCAGUGAUUUCUAUGACGCGCUGCACAUCCAGUCUUUGUCUACCAUCCUGUUCAUCUAUUUAGGCACGGUCACCAACGCCAUCACCUUUGGUGGGCUGCUCGGCGAUGCUACAGAGAAUAUGCAGGGGGUGUUGGAAAGCUUCCUGGGCACGGCGCUGACGGGGGCGGUGUUCUGCCUGCUCGCCGGCCAGCCCCUGACCAUCCUCAGCAGCACAGGCCCGGUGCUGGUCUUCGAAAGACUCCUCUUCCACUUCAGCAAAGAACACCAGUUCGACUACCUUGAGUUCCGGUUGUGGAUUGGCCUGUGGUCGGGCAUAUUCUGUCUGGUGCUGGUCGCCACAGAUGCUAGCUUCCUGGUGCAGUACUUCACACGGUUCACCGAGGAGGGUUUCUCCGCCCUUAUCAGCUUCAUCUUCAUCUACGAUGCCUUCAAGAAGAUGCUGAAGCUGGCUAACCACAACCCGAUCAACGCUGGAUAUGAUCCAAACCUCAUCACGCAGUACGACUGUCGCUGCAUGCCAGGUAAUGUAACUGGACCCUACAGCGAGGCCUCUGCCUGGAUCAACGACACUGAUCUGUCCGUGAAUGCCACCUUCGCAUCUCUGUCCAAAGAGCAAUGUCUGAAGUUGGGAGGGAAGCUGGUUGGAGAGGCCUGUGGAUUUGUGCCUGACAUUACUCUGAUGUCGUUUACACUUUUCUUUGGGACCUACACCUGCUCCAUGUGUCUGAAGAAGUUCAAGACGAGCCGUUUCUUCCCGACCACGGUGAGGAAACUCAUCAGCGAUUUUGCAAUUAUUUUGACCAUUCUCCUUUUCUGCGGUGUGGAUGCCUUGGUCGGUGUGGACACUCCUAAACUGAUUGUGCCAAGUGAAUUCAAGCCCACAAGUCCACAAAGAGGUUGGUUUGUCCGUCCGUUUGGAGGGAACCCUUGGUGGGUCUAUCUCGCAGCUGCCCUCCCUGCUUUGCUUGUUACUAUUCUGAUAUUUAUGGACCAACAGAUCACGGCUGUCAUUGUUAACAGGAAGGAGCACAAACUAAAGAAAGGGGCAGGCUAUCACCUGGACCUCUUCUGGGUGGCCAUUCUGAUGAUCGUUUGUUCUUUCAUGGGCCUACCCUGGUAUGUGGCCGCCACCGUCAUCUCCAUUGCCCACAUUGAUUCCCUAAAAAUGGAGACCCAGACCUCCGCCCCCGGGGAGCAACCCAAGUUCCUCGGAGUCAGGGAACAAAGGGUCACUGGCGUGUUUGUGUUCAUCCUCACUGGACUCUCUGUGUUCAUGGCUCCUAUCCUCAAGUUCAUCCCCAUGCCUGUGCUGUAUGGUGUAUUUCUGUACAUGGGUGUGGCAUCGCUCAACGGUGUCCAGUUCAUGGACCGUCUCCAGCUGCUCCUGAUGCCAGCCAAGCACCAGCCUGACCUGAUCUACCUGCGCCAUGUCCCCCAGAGACGCAUCCAUCUCUUCACCUUCAUCCAGGCCCUCUGUUUGGCCCUGCUUUGGAUCCUUAAGUCCACUGUCGCCGCCAUUAUUUUCCCGGUCAUGAUCCUAGCGCUGGUGGCAGUGCGCAAGGCCAUGGACUACGUGUUCUCUCAGCACGACCUGGGCUACCUGGAUGACGUCAUCCCCGAGAAGGACAAAAAGAAGAAGGAGGACGAGAAGAAAAAGAAAAACAAGAAGAAGGGCAGCAUCGACAGCGAAAUGGAGUUUUCUGAGUACCCCUACCAUGAAAAUGUCCCCAGUAUAAAAAUCUCUAUGGAUAUGAUGGAGCAGGAGCCCAUGUUGGGGGAUAAGUCGAUGGAUAGAGAUGAAUCCCAGACUCUCCUUGACCCGCAUCCGCUGUGAUGAGCGCUACUUCCAGCCUACGGUGAUGGGACUAGCGAUAGAUCCAUACAAAAAUGCAGUACCUCAGAUUCGAAUAGACAUCGACCCGGAAGAUAAUGCCUUCUUCUGGAAGACCCCUGGGCCUGGCUCUGAAACCUCUCUGUGAAGAACCCGUCCAAAGAUCCUCCAGAACCAGGAGCACAUCUGAGGCAUAAUGAAACCCACUCAGUCGAAAUACCCAGGUUCACAACGUAGUACUAAUGUAGUACUGUCAAUA